AUGCGGCCCCUGUCCCACUGCCAUCCCGCUUUCCGUCUUGCGAAGGGACUUGGCGGCAGGACUCAAAGCCGGCGGCAGUUACCGGAGCCCGUCCCGUUUUCCGCCUUUUUAUUGCAAGAGGCGCUUUCUCGCUCUUGCGAGACGCCUCAGCCUCUGCUGUCCAGAAUUCCUCCUUCUUGGACCUCAGCCCCUGAACUAGAGGGGCAGAAAGCUGCUUGCUGUGGCAUAGAAACAUUAAGUAAGACUGUGAGGAAGUAUGGGAAGCAAGCAAGAGUGCCCAUCUAUGUGCCGUUCCUUAUCGUUGGAUCCGUAUUUGUCGCCUUCAUCAUCCUGGGGUCGCUGGUGGCAGCUUGCUGCUGUAGAUGCCUGCGGCCCAAGCAGGAGCCCCAGCAGAGCCGAGCCCCCGGGGGCACCCGCCUGAUGGAGACCAUCCCCAUGAUCCCGAGUGCCAGCACCUCCCGGGGCUCCUCCUCCCGCCAGUCAAGCACCGCUGCCAGCUCCAGCUCCAGCGCCAACUCGGGGGCCAGAGCCCCCCCGACCAGGUCCCAGACCAACUGCUGUUUGCCAGAAGGGACCAUGAAUAAUGUCUACGUCAACAUGCCGACAAACUUCUCGGUGCUGAACUGCCAGCAGGCUACCCAGAUCGUGCCGCACCAGGGGCAGUACCUGCACCCCCAGUACGUGGGCUACGCCGUGCAGCACGACUCAAUGCCGCUGACCCCGGUGCCCCCCUUCCUCGACGGUUUGCAGAGCGGCUACAGGCAGAUCCAGACUCCCUACCCGCACGCCAACAGCGAACAGAAGAUGUACCCAGCUGUGACUGUGUAGCGCUGACGCCUUCCUCCCCCUCCCCACCCGGCAGAUUUUAAUAUCUAAACUGAAUGGAGGAGAAAUACUUUCUCGUAACGAAGCUCCCAGAACAUCACUUGUAAAUAAUUUUGAAAGGCUCAUGCAUGUCAGACAGUGUUUAUAAACCAUUUAUUUUCAUCGGGGUCCGUUGCCAGAAACUGUAGGAUGAUAUCUCUGAAUUAACGUUGCCAGAUACGCUCAUUCCAGUGCAUGAUUUACAGCGGUGAAGGAUUACGCUGAAAAUGCAUAUGUAUUUCAGAUCACUGUACUUGCGAGAUAAAUGCCGGAGCCAUUAAGUGCCCUUCAGGUAUGACAUGGUCAGAAGUAUUUGCCUAAUUAAUUCGUAGAAAGAGUUUUGUUACCCUGUACGAGACCGCAGUACUUAAGAAACCUCUUUUCUCCUCUCCCAGCCCCUUAACGACGUUUCCCGUUGCUUUACAGACAAUCACAACCGAGAGCCGAACAGUGCAAUCCCUGCGUGCUGGGUGCUGGUACCAGCCCCCGUGGCAUCUUGCCCACCCCCAGCUUGGGGUGAAAUGCCACGAAAGGCUUAGUCUCGCAAAGACCAAUUUUCCUUGUCCCUGAUAUUUAUGUAGGAAUUAGAAGAGCGUGAAUUAUUUAGCUCUUCUUUCCAGUGCACUUGAACUUGAUUUGGUUUUGCCUCAAGAUCAGGAGCCAGUAGUGGUUUGCACAGACUUUAUCUUUGUGAACUUUUUACUAAAAACAGGGUAUGAGGUGCUUGCUCUUCCUGGUGCUCAGCAAAGCUUUUGGUACAGCUAGCAGCACCCGAGCUGGAACUGCCUUUGCAGAGAGGUCGUACUGUGACGCCGAACACGCCUGAUUUAACCUCACUUCCCAUGAAACAGUAAACCCGUGCGAACGCGCUCAAAGGUGUCAGCCCCAAACCCUGCUUGCAGUUGAGUCUGGUGGUAGGAACAGGGGCUUUGGCCCCCCCCAGCCUGCUCUGAGCCCCCAGCCCUGCUCUGUGGGGUGGGUGUGGGUCACACAAAGCCCCUCCCCCCAACCUGGAUGCGGAGGGGGUGGCAGAGGUUUGAAACCCAUCCCCUUUUCUUCUUUACCUGUGGGGCAGGGGAGUAGGAAGGCACAGCUCUAAUUAAAAAUGAGGCAAAAAGCCCAACCAAAGG